UCAGGAAGUAAAACGGUUUUGAGUUUUGUUGUGUCGCCGAAAUUCCUUCUAAAGUGUUCCAAAGUUUAACUCGAUAAAAGACCGGAUACACACAUUAUUCACAGAAAGUCUGGUGUGAAAUCUGCCUGCGGAGUCUAAGGAUCAGCUGAGGAGGCCAUGAAUCGAGUCCCCCUGCUGCAGCAGCAGCAGAGCUGUGGCCCCUGGGAGCUGAAGGAGCGGCUGGGCACCGGAGGCUUUGGGAAUGUCACACGAUGGCAAAAUAAGGACACAGAGGAACAGGUUGCCAUAAAGCAGUGCCGUCAGGAGCUGAGCGAGAGGAACAAAGACAGAUGGUGUCUGGAGAUCCGGAUCAUGAAUAGGUUGGAUCAUGUUAAUGUUGUCGCAGCCAGAAAGGUUCCUGAGGGAAUGCAUAAAAUGGGGACCACACAUGACCUGCCGCUGCUGGCAAUGGAGUACUGUCAGGGAGGAGAUCUGAGAAAGUAUCUAACCCUCUUGGAGAACUGCUGUGGAAUGAGGGAGGGCUCCGUUCUGAUUCUGUUGUGUGACAUCUCGUCAGCUCUGACCUACCUCCAUGAAAAUAAGAUCAUCCACAGAGAUUUGAAACCAGAAAACAUUGUGCUGCAGCAGGGAGAGAAGAGACUGAUCCACAAGAUUAUAGAUCUCGGCUAUGCUAAAGAGCUGGACCAGAGCAGCGUUUGCACCUCAUUUGUGGGAACCCUUCAGUACUUGGCUCCAGAGCUCAUUGAGAGACAGAAGUACACAGUCACUGUGGACUACUGGAGCUUCGGGACUUUGGUGUUUGAGUGUAUCACAGGAUUUCGCCCUUUCCUACCAACCUGGCAACCUGUUCCUUGGCACAACAAACUGAGGCUGAAGCAGGACAACGAUAUUGUUGUCUAUGAGGACCUCUUGGGGGAAGUCCGCUACUCUACACAUCUGCCUCAGCCCAACAACCUCAACAGUCUGUUAUUAAAGAGACUGGAGAGGUGGCUGCAGCUGAUGUUAAAGUGGUCUCCACGGGAGCGAGGCAAAGACCGCGACGCUACGCCUAUGGACUGCUUCUCCCAGCUGCAGGUCAUUCUGCAGCUCAAGCUGGUUCAUGUCCUGAACAUGAUUUCUGCAAAACUCCUGACAUACUCCGUCUCGGAUGAAGAGACUGUGGCAGACCUGCAGCUCAGGAUUGAGAAAGACGCCAACAUCCCUGCAGCCAAUCAGGAGCUGCUGCUGGAGGCGGGACUGGCCUUGGAGCCUCAUGGACUGGCCACGCAGUGCGCCAUAGAUUACACAGAGAUAGAUGGCCGACGGACAGACUUGCCUCUGGUCUUCCUGUUUGAUCGUUCCUCUUGCAGUUAUGAACCUCAAUUUGCUCCUCGCACCCUACCAGAAAACAUCCGCUUUGUCCAAACCGACCCUAAAUACGUUCUGGGUUACAGCCCUCUGAGGAGGACCUGCGGCCAGGCGUGGCACACCAUCCGCUCCUUGAAGGAAGACUGGCAAAGACUGCAGCAGGGGCAGAAAGCUGCCAUCAUGAGCCUGCUGAGACACAACUCCUCACUGUCCAAACAGAAGAACGAGAUGGUGUCCAUGUACCAGAGACUCAUGGCCAAACUGGACUUCUUCACCACCAGCCUUCACAUAGACAUGGACAAAUACCAGGAGCAGACAGCCACCGGGAUCGCAUCAGAGAAACUCCUGGGCGUCUGGAGAGAGAUGGAGCAGACUGCUGUCAGCUGUGGUCAGGCCAAGGUGAGUGAACUGGAGGAGGAGAUGAUGCAGCUGCAGCCAGACAUAGUGGAUGUGCAGAGACAGCCGGGGAGGAGCGGAGAGGCCCUGGACACACUUGAAGGAAAGGCCAUGGAGCUGUUCCGCAAACUCAGAGAGAAACCCAGAGACCAGAGGUGCCCGGGGGACAGUCAGGAGGUGGUGCGCCUGGUGGUCCAGGCUGUGCAGUUCUACGAGAGGAAGCUCCGAGACUUCUACACCCACCUCAGUAAGACUGCAGUGUGCCGUCAGCGUGUGAUGGAGCUGCUGCCGAAGGUGGAGGGCGUGGUUCAGAGGAUGGCUGAGAGCGAACAAGUCCUGAUGAGUCUGCAGGAGAAACGACAGAGGGAGCUGUGGAACCUGCUGAAAGUCGCUUGUAGCAAAGUACGCAGCCCAAUGAGUGGGAGUCCUGAUGGAUUACGAUUCCCCUCAUCAGUCCCGCCUCAACUGACCCCCAGACACAGUUUACAGCAGUUUGACGAGUCUCUUGUGGAGGAGAGCAGGACUUUUGAAAGUCGACUCCAGAGUUUGCUGAAUGACACGAUCCAGGAAUCAGAGAGCAGUAUGGAGGUGUUGAGGGAGUGGACGUGGAUGCAUGGAGGCCAGAAUUUCUCCAGUGACCUCUCCUAAAUUGUGUUUCAUUCUUUGCUUACAUGUGGUACUCUACUGCCUCUGUGUGGACCGGAUGUCAAACUACACGAGGAUGUGGUACCAGCUGGUCUGUUAAAAAUGUGAAUGGAGUAAAAACUGCUGGCACAAAUUUGCUUAGAUGAGAUCAAGGAGUAGGUAAACCUACUCACUACUCCUGUCUGACAUUGUAAAAGAGAAAAUUAACGCCAAUUUGUAGAGCACUGAAUCAUAUGUAGCUCUGAUUAGAUCACAGGAAUUUAUUAAAGCAGGAUCUUAUUUAUUUACCCAUUUGUCAUUAAAAAAAAAACAUUACAUUUGUUUUGGGGUUCAACUGCACUUCAUCAUGCACAGAUGAUGCAUUUCAUUGGUAUCAUGGAUCGAAUCAGAUAAUCCUAACAUAUGAACUUUAGAAAACUCAUUAUACUUGCAUACAUUCCUGCAAUGUGACAGUAUGAGGAGAGGCUUGCACGGUGUACAAAGCAUCAACUUGAAUCUCUCUUAGAACAGAUCUCCCUUGAACUGUGUGUUAUGUACCAAAAUGUAAAUAAAUACUGUAUAUUAGUUUUUAUGUGUUUCUCAUUGGACCAAUAUUUUCAUUGCAAACUUUAUUUUAGUAAGAAAAUCAUUGAACGACAUUGGUGACAUUGUAAAAUGACUAUGAUAAGUAUAGCACUGUAUGAAUGUGAUCUUUUCAUCCACUGAUAAUUACAUGGAGGGUGUGGACACAAUAAAAUAAAUGCCUGUUCAAUAUG